AUGGAAGUUGAAAUAAUCUCCUCGCAGUUCAUCAAACCCUCUUUCCCAACAACACACCCGAAAUCCCAUAAGCUUUCAAUCUUAGACCAGUACAUGCCUCCUGCAUAUAUUCCAAUGUUGCUUUUCUACUCUAUUGAUCAGAAUACUCAAGCCAUCGUUGAUAUCAUCACACAAAAAAGAAUGAAACAAUUAAAAGAAUCCUUAUCACAAACCUUGAAUCUCUUCUACCCAUUCGCUGGAAGGAUUAAAGAUAAGGUUACCAUCGAUUGCAACGACGAAGGGGUUCACUUCACCGAGGCCAAGGUAAGUUGUAGCCUUGUUGAAUUUUUCAACCAACCUAAUUUAUCAUCAUUAAUCUACAAACUCCUUCCAAAGCAAGCAGUCAUAGGAGUAUCAGCUGAAGGGUACAUAACUAUGGCACAAGUGACUUGUUUUGCAUGCGGUGGUAUAGUGAUAGGUACCUUAAUAUCUCACAUGGUAGCAGAUGGAGCAGGUGCAAGUUUCUUUUUAAACAGUUGGGGUUCUAACUCUCAUAUCAAUGAGUUUCAACAUGCAUUUGAAUUUCCUAACUUUGACACCCCUUUCCCUCGGAAUAAUGCAUGCCCACAAGACAAGAAUGCGAUGCAUUUGUGUUGUCAAACUCUAAAAGAGGGUAGGCUUACUACGAGGAGGUUUUUGUUUGAUGAAGAAGCUAUUUCAAGGUUAAGGGGUCAAGGGUCAAGUUCAACCGUGCAAAACCCUACUCGAGUGGAGGUGGUAGCAUCCCUUCUGUGCAAAUGUGCUGCAAAAGCUUCCAAGGCCAAAUCUGGUUUAGAGAGGCCAACUCUAGUAAUUCAUUCAAUAAACAUGCGUCGAAGGGCAUCUCCUAAUUUUCCAAACUCGUGUAUGGGAAACUUUGUUUGGUUGGCUAUGGCUUUAAUGAGUGCAAAUGAUGAGUUACCUGAAUUGGUUACUAAAUUACGGGAAACAGUGACAUCUAUCGACCAUGACUUUGUUAAAAGAUUCCAAGAUGAAGGAGGGUUUGUUAAUUUUUGUGAAAGUUUAAAACAGGUAAUGGAAACAACUUCAAGAGUUGCAAUGGGCACUGGGGUAAAUUAUCUUCGUUUUACGAGUUGGUGUAAUUUUGGACUCUACGAUGUUGAUUUUGGAUGGGGAAAGCCAAUUUGGGUGUCUUGUUUUGCUGACUCAGUUGAUGAUUUGGUCAUCCUAAUGGAUACACCUUCGAGAAAAGGUAUUGAAGCUUGGAUUUAUUUAAACGAAGACAAGAUGGCCUUAUUGCAACAAGACAAUGAACUCCUUAUGUUUGCAACCAUGGAUCCAAAUCCUCUGCGACUAAAGGAUUAUGUAUCCCAUGCCUGA